AUGGCUGUCUCCUCUUCCUCCUGGGAACUGCCCCUGGUGGCUGUGUGCCAGGUCACAUCAACGCCAGACAAGCAGCAGAACUUUAAAGCUUGCGCUGACCUGGUUCGAGAGGCUGCCAGACUGGGUGCUUGCCUGGCUUUCCUACCUGAGGCUUUUGACUUCAUUGCCCGGGACCCUGCAGAGACGCUGCGCCUGUCUGAGCCACUGGGCGGGGACCUUUUGGGAGAAUAUGCCCAGCUUGCCAGGGAAUGUGGACUCUGGCUGUCCUUGGGUGGUUUCCACGAACGUGGCCAAGACUGGGAGCAGACUCAGAAAAUCUACAAUUGUCAUGUGCUUCUGAACAGCAAGGGGUCCAUAGUGACCACUUACAGGAAGACACAUCUGUGUGACUUGGAGAUUCCAGGGCAGGGGCCUAUGCAUGAAAGUAACUCUACCAUGCCUGGGCCCAGUCUGGAGUCACCUGUCAGCACACCAGCAGGCCAGCUCGGUCUGGCUAUCUGCUACGACAUGCGGUUCCCUGAACUCUCUCUGGCACUGGCUCAGGCUGGAGCAGAGAUACUUACGUAUCCUUCGGCUUUUGGAAGCGUGACAGGCCCAGCCCACUGGGAGGUGCUGCUGCGGGCCCGCGCCAUUGAGACCCAGUGCUAUGUAGUAGCUGCAGCCCAGUGUGGACGCCACCACGAGCAGAGAGCGAGUUAUGGCCACAGCAUGGUGGUGGACCCCUGGGGAACAGUGGUGGCCCGCUGCUCGGAGGGACCAGGCCUCUGCCUUGCCCGGAUUGACCUCAGUUACCUGCGACAGCUGCGCCAACAUCUGCCUGUGUUCCAGCACCGCAGGCCUGACCUCUAUGGCCACCUGCGUCACCCACUGUCUUAG